GGUCUCCCUUACCAACGAACAAUUCAUAGUAUUCGCAAUACUACCGCGUGUCACCAUUUCAGCUCUGUCGUCCAAAGCGUUCGGUCGCAGAUAAGAUGCCGCUGCCACCGGAACUGAAGACCGCGCGGGCGGGGAUGCCGAGGACUCCCCACACCACCCCGGCGAAAGCCUCCCUGCCCGACGCCAAGGACGUGGCCGCGGCGCACGGGGGAUCCUUUCUGUCCAAGUACUUUCUGGUCAUCCUCUUUGGCUUUGCGGUCGCCAGCAUGGUUGUCAACAGCAACGUUGCCCACUCGGUCCACCAGCUGGAAGGCUCGAACGGCAACAACGCAAUGGCGAAACGCCUCAAGGACUUUCGGGUCAGCAGGUCGGAGAAGGCAUUUCUCAAGCGGAUGGAGAUGGAGGAGAAAUUUGCGGAGCCGACCUCCCCGGGGUCAAACGUAGGCGGGGCAGGUGAGAAUCAGAACGAUGGUGAGGGAGGAAACGAGGACAACAACGCCAGCAACGAUCACGAAAACAAAGAAAAUAACGACGACGACGGGCAAACCUCGAACCCGAACAAAGAAGAGGAGCAAACCUCAAACCCAAAAAAAGAAGAGGAGCAAACCUCAAACCCGAACAAAGAAGAGGAGCAAACCGCAAACCCAAACAAAGAAGAGGAGCAAACCGCAAACCCAGACAAGGCUACCAAAAAACCAAAUGUAGACGCAGACGCAGAUGCAAAAGAAACAACGGACGGUUAUAGCGAGCAGCACAAAAUUGCCAACCUGAACUGCGGGGCCUACGGGGGCCCCUCCGAUGAGGACGCCGAGGAAAUGGUCUACUGGGAAGACAUUCCGACCGAUGCCCUCCACAUGAGCCCCUUUCACGCGGAGCACCCCGAAAGGAAGCAGCAAGAGAACCAACAACCACAGCACGUCUCGCAGUUCUUGACUUUUGAGCCGGACGCGGGGGGAUGGAACAACAUUCGAAUGGCCAUGGGUACGUAGUAUAGUGCAGUGCAGUGCAGUGCAGUGCGGUGCACUACAGUGAAGCGCGGGAAGUCGCUCCACGGUGUCGAAGUGCUGGACACCAGAGGCAUUGCUGCCACAUUUUCGUCGAGUUGCUUUUAUCUCCGUUUUUUCACAGCAUGGAUGCCUGUACCGACCGCUUGUGAACCGACUAAAUCUGCUUUGUUUGUCGGUUUUGUUCUUGUUGUCUCGUGCCAAACAUCUCCUACCCGAAAAAAAAACACAACUAUCCUUCUUCAGAGACGGUAUUGGCCAUGGCCUUUGCCAUGGGACGAACCCUCGUUUUGCCACCCCACCAGGGCAUGUACCUCAUCGACAAGGGCGGAGAGCACCAAAAGAACAAGUUCAGUUUUGACCAUUUCUUCCACAUGGAAAGGAUCAGCGCCGAGCACAUCGGGCUCGAAAUUAUUAGCACCACGGAAUUCCUCGAACGGUGCAAAAAGGGAGAAAUCGUCGGCGACGACGGCAAGCCCCUCACCCCACCCGGUGGCAGGACGGACUGGGACGGGAUCCCCAACUCCGAGCAGAGACCACUCCGCGAUUGGAUGCGGGAGCAAAGCGGGGAAAACCUCUUGCACUUUGAUCCACAGAAGUGCAUCGUAGCCUUUCCGGCCACCGACACGGAGGAAGAUUCGAACGAGCUGGAAUUGCUGCCGGACAAGAUCGCCGAGUCGGAUGGGGGCUUCCCGAACUACGAAAAGUACAUCGGGAAGCCCAACCCCGUCGAUGCCCCCGCACUGGAACGCCUGAAGGAAAUGAGCGCCGACCGGAAGGCCCUCUGCCUCUACACUCCGGAGCUCCAAAAGAAGCGCUGGCUCCACUUUCCCGUGGGCAUGAAAACGAACUACGGGGACGAGUCCCGCCUCUUGGUCCACUUUUACGCCUUUUUGUUCUUCCAGGACUGGAAACAGGACCUUUGGAUGAAGCGUUUUGUACGGGACCACGUACGAUACAUCGACGAGAUCCAGUGCGCCGCCGCCCGCGUCGUAACGAAGCUCCGGGAGCGGAUCGCGGCCCGGACGGGGCAGACCGACAAACACUCGACGCGUUUCGACACGAUCCACGUCCGGCGCGGGGACUUCCAGUUCAAGGACACACGGAUCAGCGCCAAGAAGAUCCUGAUCCAGCUUAAGCGGGUUCUGGAUCAGAACACGACGCUGUACAUUGCGACCGACGAGCGGGACAAGGCCUUUUUCCAGCCGAUCGUCGAGUACUUUGCGGAUGUGGCCUUUUUGGACGAUUUUGUCGCUUCGGAGCUGAAGCAAGUCAACAGUACGUAUUGGUAUCGCGAGCAAUAGUAUAGUGUAGUUUUUGGUUUGGUGUUCUCCUUCUUGCUGUCCAUUCGGACUAGAGAGUGCUCUCCCCCUUAUCACCAAACCUCUCAUUCAUUCCAUUCCUUCUCAAUUUUGUUCCUUCCGUUUCGAUCCUCGCAUCCAAUCAAAACACAGCAAACUAUUUCGGCAUGAUCGACCAGCUGGUGGCGAGCCGCGGGGAGGUCUUCUUUGGCUGCUGGUUCAGCACCUUUACGGGGUACAUCAACCGGUUGCGGGGGUACCACGCCGACGACCACGGGAUGCCCGGCUACGAAAUGGGGAUCGUGAACUCGUAUUACUAUGCGAUGCCGGAUCGGUUCGACCACAUGCGAGAGUUCUGGCCGAUCAAGCAGCAAUUUUACGCACGGGAAUUCCCGGCGAGCUGGAGGCUGAUAGACGCCUCUGUAGGAACAACGUGAACACCACGGAAUUGAAAUUGAACACAAUUCAUGCUUUGAGUGAUUAUGUACCGUAGU